AGCAACCUGCAAACAACCAAGGCCAGUCCACCCUGCAGCCCCUGCCGCCUUCCCACAAGCCGCACUCCGCCCAGCAUCACCCAUCCAUCACUUCUCUCAAUAGAAACUCCCUGACCAAUAGGAGGAACCAGAGUCCGGCCCCGCCGGCUGCUUUGCCCGCCGAGCUGCAAACCACACCCGAGUCCGUCCAGCUGCAGGACAGCUGGGUCCUUGGCAGUAAUGUACCACUGGAGAGCAGGCAUUUCCUAUUCAAGACAGGAACGGGGACCACGCCACUGUUCAGCACUGCAACCCCGGGGUACACAAUGGCUUCCGGCUCCGUGUAUUCGCCGCCUACUCGGCCACUGCCUAGAAACACCCUGUCAAGAAGUGCUUUUAAAUUCAAGAAGUCUUCGAAGUACUGUAGCUGGAAAUGUACUGCCCUGUGUGCUGUAGGGGUCUCCGUGCUCCUGGCAAUACUCCUCUCAUAUUUUAUAGCAAUGCACCUAUUUGGCCUCAACUGGCAGUUACAACAGACUGAAAAUGACACGUUUGAAAAUGGGAAAGUGAACGCGGAUACCGUGCCAACACACACUGUGUCGUUACCUUCCGGCGACAACGGAAAAUUGGGUGGAUUUACGCAAGAAAAUAACACCAUAGAUUCCGGAGAACUUGAUAUUGGCCGACGAGCAGUUCAGGAGGUUCCUCCUGGGGUCUUCUGGAGAUCACAGCUCUUCAUUGACCAGCCACAGUUUCUUAAAUUCAAUAUCUCCCUUCAGAAGGACGCAUUGAUCGGAGUGUAUGGCCGGAAAGGCUUACCACCGUCCCACACGCAGUACGACUUUGUCGAGCUCCUGGAUGGCAGCAGGUUGAUCGCCAGAGAGCGGAACCUCCUGGAGGCCGAAAGAGCCGGGCGGCAGGCGCGGUCCGUCAGUCUCCACGAGGCCGGCUUCAUCCAGUACUUGGACUCCGGCAUCUGGCACCUGGCUUUCUACAACGACGGGAAGAAUGCCGAGCAGGUGUCUUUCAACACCAUUGUCAUAGAGUCCGUGGUGGAAUGCCCCCGAAAUUGCCAUGGAAAUGGAGAGUGCGUGUCUGGAACUUGCCAUUGUUUUCCAGGAUUUCUGGGUCCAGAUUGUUCUAGAGCAGCGUGUCCCGUGCUGUGCAGCGGCAACGGGCAGUACUCCAAGGGCCGGUGCCUGUGCUUCAGCGGCUGGAAGGGCACCGAGUGCGACGUGCCCACCACGCAGUGUGUGGACCCGCAGUGCGGGGGCCGUGGGAUCUGCAUCAUGGGCUCCUGCGCCUGCAACUCGGGGUACAAAGGAGAGAACUGUGAAGAAGCUGACUGUCUAGACCCUGGCUGCUCAAACCACGGUGUGUGCAUCCACGGGGAGUGUCACUGCAACCCAGGAUGGGGUGGCAACAACUGUGAGAUACUGAAGACCAUGUGUCCAGACCAGUGCUCUGGCCACGGGACGUACCUUCAGGAAAGUGGCUCCUGCACCUGUGACCCAAAUUGGACAGGCCCAGACUGCUCAAAUGAAAUAUGCUCCGUGGACUGCGGCGCCCACGGUGUGUGCAUGGGAGGCACAUGUCGCUGUGAAGAAGGCUGGACAGGCCCGGCGUGCAACCAGAGAGCCUGCCACCCUCGCUGCACGGAGCACGGGACCUGCAAGGACGGCAAGUGUGAAUGCAGCCAGGGCUGGAAUGGCGAGCACUGCACCAUCGAGGGCUGUCCCGGCCUGUGCAACAGCAAUGGCAGGUGUACACUGGACCAGAACGGCUGGCACUGUGUUUGCCAGCCAGGAUGGAGAGGAGCCGGGUGCGACGUGGCCAUGGAGACCCUCUGCACGGACAGCAAAGACAAUGAGGGAGAUGGGCUCACUGACUGCAUGGACCCCGACUGCUGUUUACAGAGCUCUUGCCAAAGUCAGCCUUACUGCCGCGGACUGCCCGACCCCCAGGACAUCAUUAGCCAAAGCCUACAGUCACCAUCUCAGCAAGCCGCCAAGUCCUUCUACGAUCGUAUCAGCUUUCUUAUAGGGCCUGAGAGCACCCACGUUAUACCUGGAGAGAGUCCCUUCAAUAAGAGCCUCGCAUCCGUCAUCAGAGGCCAAGUCCUGACUGCGGAUGGAACUCCACUGAUUGGAGUGAAUGUCUCGUUUUUCCAUUACCCGGAGUAUGGAUAUACCAUCACCCGGCAGGAUGGAAUGUUUGACUUGGUGGCAAAUGGCGGGGCCUCCCUCACCCUGGUGUUUGAGCGCGCCCCGUUCCUCACUCAGCACCACACCGUGUGGGUGCCCUGGAACGUCUUCUACGUGAUGGACACCCUGGUCAUGAAGAAGGAAGAAAAUGACAUUCCCAGCUGUGACCUCAGCGGCUUCGUGAGGCCAAACCCGAUCAUUGUGUCAUCGCCUCUGUCCACCUUUUUCAGAUCUUCUCCGGAGGACAGUCCCAUCAUUCCUGAGACACAGGUGCUCCACGAAGAAACCACGAUUCCCGGAACAGACCUGAAACUUUCCUACCUGAGUUCCAGAGCUGCCGGCUACAAGUCAGUUCUCAAGAUCACCAUGACCCAGUCCGUUAUUCCGUUUAACCUGAUGAAGGUUCACCUCAUGGUCGCUGUAGUAGGAAGGCUCUUUCAGAAGUGGUUUCCUGCCUCCCCAAACUUGGCCUAUACUUUUAUAUGGGAUAAAACAGACGCGUACAAUCAGAAGGUCUACGGUCUAUCUGAGGCUGUUGUGUCAGUGGGCUAUGAAUACGAGUCGUGUUUGGACCUGACCCUGUGGGAGAAGAGGACUGCCAUUCUGCAAGGGUGUGAGCUAGAUGCCUCCAACAUGGGUGGCUGGACACUGGAUAAGCAUCAUGUGCUGGACAUUCAGAACGGUAUACUGUACAAGGGAAACGGGGAAAACCAGUUCAUCUCCCAGCAGCCCCCAGUUGUCAGCAGCAUCAUGGGCAACGGACGGAGGCGCAGCAUCUCGUGCCCGAGCUGCAACGGUCAGGCGGAUGGUAAUAAACUGUUGGCCCCGGUGGCAUUGGCUUGUGGGAUCGACGGCAGCCUGUAUGUGGGGGAUUUCAACUAUGUUCGCCGGAUAUUCCCUUCCGGAAACGUAACCAGUGUUCUAGAACUAAGCAGCAACCCAGCUCAUAGAUACUACCUAGCGACCGACCCCGUCACAGGAGACUUGUAUGUUUCGGACACUAACACUCGCAGAAUUUAUCGCCCAAAAUCGCUUACGGGGGCAAAGGACUUGACGAAAAAUGCCGAAGUGGUUGCGGGGACAGGGGAGCAGUGCCUGCCAUUCGAUGAAGCUAGAUGUGGGGAUGGGGGGAAGGCUGUGGAAGCAACCCUCAUGAGUCCCAAAGGAAUGGCAAUUGAUAAGAAUGGAUUAAUCUACUUCGUUGAUGGAACCAUGAUCAGAAAAGUUGAUCAAAAUGGAAUCAUCUCGACUCUCCUGGGCUCCAAUGAUCUGACGUCAGCCAGACCUUUAACCUGUGACACGAGCAUGCACAUCAGCCAGGUGCGUCUGGAGUGGCCCACGGACCUCGCCAUUAACCCCAUGGACAACUCCAUUUACGUGCUGGAUAACAACGUAGUUCUACAGAUCACGGAAAACCGCCAGGUGCGCAUCGCCGCCGGGCGGCCCAUGCACUGCCAGGUUCCGGGCGUGGAGUACUCCGUGGGGAAGCACGCAGUCCAGACCACACUGGAAUCCGCCACGGCCAUCGCCGUGUCCUACAGUGGCGUCCUGUACAUCACGGAAACCGAUGAAAAGAAGAUUAACCGCAUAAGGCAGGUCACCACCGAUGGGGAGAUCUCCUUGGUUGCGGGGAUACCUUCGGAGUGUGACUGCAAAAACGAUGCCAACUGUGACUGCUACCAGAGUGGCGAUGGCUACGCCAAAGAUGCCAAACUUAGUGCCCCAUCGUCCCUCGCUGCUUCCCCAGAUGGCACCCUGUAUAUUGCGGAUCUAGGGAACAUUCGGAUCCGGGCUGUGUCCAAGAAUAAGCCUUUACUUAACUCGAUGAACUUUUAUGAAGUUGCCUCUCCUACUGACCAAGAGCUCUAUAUCUUUGACAUCAAUGGCACCCACCAGUAUACUGUGAGUCUAGUCACUGGUGACUAUCUCUACAACUUCAGCUACAGCAAUGACAAUGAUAUCACCGCUGUGACCGACAGCAAUGGCAAUACCCUGAGGAUCAGACGGGACCCGAACCGGAUGCCGGUUCGAGUGGUGUCUCCGGACAACCAGGUGAUAUGGCUAACCAUUGGCACCAACGGGUGUCUGAAGAGCAUGACUGCUCAAGGGCUAGAACUAGUUUUGUUUACCUACCAUGGCAACAGUGGUCUCUUAGCCACCAAAAGCGAUGAAACUGGAUGGACGACAUUUUUUGACUACGACAGUGAAGGUCGUCUGACAAACGUCACGUUUCCUACGGGAGUGGUCACGAACCUCCACGGUGACAUGGACAAGGCCAUCACGGUGGACCUGGAGUCAUCCAGCCGAGAAGAAGAUGUCAGCAUCACUUCCAACUUGUCCUCCAUCGAUUCUUUCUACACCAUGGUUCAAGAUCAGCUGAGGAACAGCUACCAGAUUGGCUACGAUGGCUCCCUGAGAAUCAUCUACGCCAGUGGCCUCGACUCGCACUACCAGACAGAGCCACACGUGCUGGCCGGGACAGCGAACCCCACCGUCGCCAAGAGAAACAUGACUCUUCCGGGUGAAAAUGGCCAAAACCUGGUGGAAUGGAGAUUCCGAAAAGAGCAGGCCCAAGGGAAAGUCAACGUCUUUGGCCGAAAGCUAAGGGUUAAUGGCAGAAACCUCCUUUCCGUUGACUUUGAUCGAACCACAAAGACAGAGAAGAUCUACGACGACCACCGUAAAUUUCUGCUGAGGAUCGCCUACGACACGUCGGGGCACCCAACGCUCUGGCUGCCGAGCAGCAAGCUGAUGGCCGUCAAUGUCACCUAUUCGUCCACGGGUCAGAUCGCCAGCAUCCAGCGAGGAACCACCAGCGAGAAGGUGGAUUAUGACGGACAGGGGAGGAUUGUGUCUCGGGUCUUUGCCGAUGGUAAAACGUGGAGUUACACGUACUUAGAAAAGUCCAUGGUGCUCCUGCUGCACAGCCAGCGGCAAUACAUCUUCGAGUACGACCUGUGGGACCGGCUCUCCGCCAUCACCAUGCCCAGCGUGGCUCGCCACACCAUGCAGACCAUCCGAUCCAUCGGCUACUACCGCAACAUCUACAACCCGCCCGAGAGCAACGCCUCCGUCAUCACCGACUACAACGAGGAGGGGCUGCUGCUGCAGACGGCCUUCUUGGGCACAAGUCGGAGGGUCCUGUUCAAGUACAGGAGGCAGACCAGGCUCUCGGAGAUUCUGUACGAUAGCACGAGGGUCAGUUUUACCUACGACGAGACGGCGGGAGUCCUCAAAACAGUAAACCUCCAGAGCGACGGUUUCAUCUGCACCAUUAGAUACAGGCAGAUCGGCCCCCUAAUCGACAGGCAGAUCUUCCGCUUCAGUGAGGAUGGGAUGGUCAACGCGAGAUUUGACUACAGCUACGACAACAGCUUCCGAGUGACCAGCAUGCAGGGUGUCAUCAAUGAGACUCCACUGCCCAUCGACCUCUACCAGUUUGAUGACAUUUCUGGCAAAGUCGAGCAGUUUGGGAAAUUCGGAGUUAUAUACUAUGAUAUCAACCAGAUCAUUUCCACGGCGGUGAUGACCUAUACAAAGCACUUCGAUGCUCACGGCCGCAUCAAGGAGAUCCAGUACGAGAUCUUCCGGUCGCUCAUGUACUGGAUUACAAUUCAGUAUGACAACAUGGGUCGGGUGACCAAGAGAGAGAUCAAAAUAGGGCCCUUUGCCAACACUACCAAGUAUGCUUAUGAAUAUGAUGUUGACGGGCAGCUCCAGACAGUUUACCUGAAUGAAAAGAUCAUGUGGCGUUACAACUAUGACCUGAACGGGAACCUCCACUUGCUGAACCCAAGUAACAGUGCCCGUUUGACGCCCCUUCGCUACGACCUGCGGGACAGAAUCACUCGGCUGGGUGACGUCCAGUAUCGGCUGGAUGAAGACGGUUUCCUGCGUCAAAGAGGCACGGAGAUCUUUGAGUACAGCUCCAAGGGGCUUCUAACUCGAGUUUACAGUAAAGGCAGUGGCUGGACAGUCAUCUACCGUUACGAUGGCCUGGGAAGGCGUGUUUCUAGCAAAACCAGCCUGGGACAGCACCUGCAGUUUUUUUAUGCUGACCUCACCUACCCCACCAGGAUUACUCAUGUCUACAACCAUUCAAGUUCAGAAAUCACCUCCCUCUAUUAUGAUCUCCAAGGACAUCUGUUUGCCAUGGAAAUCAGCAGCGGGGACGAGUUCUACAUUGCAUCAGACAACACAGGGACACCCCUGGCUGUUUUCAGUAGCAAUGGGCUUAUGCUAAAACAGAUUCAGUACACCGCGUAUGGCGAGAUCUAUUUUGACUCCAAUAUUGACUUUCAACUGGUCAUUGGGUUUCAUGGGGGACUGUAUGACCCACUGACAAAACUAAUCCACUUUGGAGAAAGAGAUUACGACAUUUUGGCAGGACGAUGGACAACACCUGACAUAGAGAUCUGGAGGAGAAUUGGGAAGGACCCAGCUCCUUUUAACCUGUACAUGUUCAGGAAUAACAACCCUGCAAGCAAAAUCCAUGAUGUGAAAGACUACAUCACAGAUGUUAACAGCUGGCUGGUGACAUUUGGCUUCCAUCUGCACAAUGCUAUUCCUGGAUUCCCUGUUCCCAAAUUUGACUUAACAGAGCCUUCUUACGAACUUGUGAAGAGUCAGCAGUGGGAUGAUAUCCCGGUAAGAAAUGAAAGGCAAAACUAUAGAAAGGAGGGCGCGCGCCUCUGGACGGAGGGCGAGAAGCGGCAGCUGCUGAGCGCCGGCAAGGUGCAGGGCUACGACGGCUACUACGUGCUGUCGGUGGAGCAGUACCCCGAGCUGGCCGACAGCGCCAACAACAUCCAGUUCCUGCGGCAGAGCGAGAUCGGCAAGAGGUAACCCCGCCUCCGAGGUCGGGGCCGCCGCGCGCGCCCCCCCGGUGGCGCAGACCCGCCUGGAGCACAAGCCCGCUGGGACUCUCCGGCACGGAAGAGCCUUCUGCCAGAAGGAGUCUGCUAUUUUAAAAUUUAAAAAAAUCCACGAACAGAGACACAGACACAGAACCCCUUUUCUGAAUGACCUUAAAGGUGAUCGGCUUUAAAGAAUAUGUUUACAUAUGCAUAUCGCUGCACUCAGUUGGACUGAAGGUAUUACUAAAAGGAACGCAUUAAAAAAAACGAAAAAUGGCCUAAACGUUUUGCCCUGGGCCACCUGUUCCUUUGAGGCACUGUAUUUAGCGAGGGUAGAAAUGCGUACAGUGUUUCCAAAUAUCACCGAAUUGUCGACCUUUGCUUACGAGGAAGUAGUCUGCCUAGGAUGGGAUCUAUGUCGAUGUUAAUUGUCACAUGUGGGGCGAGAUGACAGUUUAUAGACAACCCAACUACUUUCCCCGUGCUGCUUUGUAAAAGGACCUCGGCACACGUGACUCCUGCCCUGCGGGGAUUUCAUAAUGCAUUUUACAAUGCUCUGGAGGUUUGCCUUGGGGGAAAAAAAAAACUGGCAAAUAACAAUCCUUGUCACUGAUAAGCAAAGGAAACCCUGAUUUUUUUGUAAAUUAUGUGAGACAAGUUGUUUAUGGAUUUUUAUAUGAAUUACAAUUUACUGUACAUCAAAUAUUAGUCUCAGAGGAGUUAAUUUAUGUAAAGUGUUUAAAAAGUUUAUACUUAAAAAAUAAAAUGAUAAAAACAUGUGAACUGUGUGAUUUUUUUAAAAGGAUUGCACCUUUUGUUAUCUGUUAUAGCUGUACAGUAUAAAUUAUUAUAUUGUAGAGAUAUAACGACUUAUGCCUAUAAUGUCCAGAAGUGUUAAUAUUUUUGUAUUAGGUUGAAAAAUGUGCAACUUUCUAUCACUAGACGGAUAGGACAGUGCAAUCCUCAGUGGGUGGCUAACCAGACAACUGCUCCUUUCUCUUCCUUCUCUUUCUCAGGCCAGUGUCCUCGCCAAUAGCAGCUGAGAGGCACAGUAGAAAACUAAGGCUGGUGAAAUGCAAUGGAAGAUAUGAAAAAACAAAAAAAAGGCAGGAGGUGUUCCAGCUGCCCUCUCGCCCCUAAGAGUCAGUGGGGAGUUGAUGUAAUUUAACCACAGGGUUUUUACCGUUCCUUGAAGCUCCAUUUCACGAUAGAGGCAAGAGACCACAUCAGAUGCCCCCGGGGAAACUGUGAGGAGGAAAGGAUCUGAUGUGGUCCUGACCAUACACAUGUGUCUGGAGAUGUAGGAAAGACAGCAGAAACCCAGCAGCGGGGAGAGAGCCAGAUGGAGUAGGUCAGGGUCACUCUGUUAGUCUUGGUUUUGGACCCUGGGGUCACCAAGAGGGACACCAAAGAGAGACAAAAGCUCCUGUAAGCCCACAGGCCCCCAGCCACCCUGGGAGCUGGUUUGAAUGGCAGCCUCUGCUCUGGGGGGAGCCGGGGCGGCAGGUCCAGCUGGAGGUGAACCGACAGGCGUGCACUCCGCACGCCCGCGCCUGGGCCCCAGCGGAGCCCGCGUCUGCGCUUCUGGGCCAGCGUGGCCGCCCUCGCAAACCUCUUUCGUGAGCACUAAAUUCAGCCACAAAAAUAUUUUUAGAAAAUAUUUCUCAGUUCAUUGAGCUAUAGUACACACUGUUUUCCUCUAUGUACAAUGGUGAUCAGAUAUAGCAAGUGAACAUGUCGUAAAAUAUAAAGGUUCAAGUGAUGUAUUGAAAAUAAUUUUCUAACUGCUUUGUAUGUAUCACAUACUCUAAAUUGCACAGUAGGCGUGUUUAUUAAACAGAUUGGCUGGGAAAGUUUCGAAAUAGCUACUGAAUUUACAGUAUCAGUGCUAUUACUGUCUUUGUGUAUUUGGUAGAGCAUACCGAAGUAAUUAAUCUUCUAAUGAAUGCUGAUAUUUUAUUAGAAUGAAAGCACAGAUUAGCAUUAAUAUUUUUUAUCCUGGGAAUCCUUUGGCAAGUAUUAUGAAGCCCCAAUUUAGAAAACUAUGAGAUUUCAAACCACAUAAACAUGGCUCUGUUUUCCGUUUCAUUUUUUAACUGUUAACUUAGGUGUUUGCAGUUCUGUUGGAUGGAGUCUCCGCAGGACUGUGUUGAGCAUGCUGUUAGUACUUUUGGUUGAAAUAGGCUCUGAGUCUAAAUUCUCAGAAAUGCUCCUGAUGUGUUGACCAUGAGAAGCUUGUACCACAUGACAGAAGUGCAGUCGUUAUCUAACCCUCCUCUCGGCAUGGACCGGUCCUUCUCACUGGCCCCGUAACUAACAGAUUUACAGUAUCUCCUGGUGCUUAUUUUAGAUGAAGUCGAAUCAACCCAAUUAGUGUCUUGUUAGUAGGUAUAAUGAGCCUAUUUCUUUCUAAAAAGACUUGUGAUCGGGACAUGCUUUUACAAGAAGUAGUGACCUUGGGGAGUAUGUAAACAAAAGACCUUUUUCUAAGAGCUGGGGGUGUGGGGGACUGUAUAAUGAACAGAAUUAGCUUACAGAAAAAGAAAUUGAUAUUCAAAGUAUUUUAGGCAAAGCCAGUCGAAAUGCUUUCAUGAUAUUUUGAGAUGUAAAUUUUGUCUGAUUUGUAUUGUUCUUUUCAUUUGCCUUCUUAACUUUCUAUGUGACCUGAAUUUUCCAUAACUUGAUGACUAUAGAUUGCAUCUAGGCAUUCCAAUAAAAGCCAACCCAAUGUG